GGGCUGCAGGCCUCGGGGGGCUGUUCCGGGCCUGCCCGGUUCGGCGCGGGCGGCUGCAGCCCCGGAAGCGCAUCCUCAUCCCCUUCCUGUUCCCGCGGCGCCGGCUCCACGGCCUUUGCAGUCCCGGGCGCCGCUGGCGGGGGAGCGGUGGACUCAGAACUUCUCCAGGUGCAGUGGGAGAAAGGCAGAAGCACCCAGUGCCCGGGACUGGUGAGCCUCCGGGCAUUGCCACCAUGCCGAAGAGAAAGGCCAAAGGAGACACGAAAGCAGACAAAGCUAAGGUGAAGGAUGAGCCGCAGAGGAGGUCGGCGCGGUUGUCUGCUAAGCCUGCCCCUCCUAAGCCAGAGCCCAAGCCGAAGAAGGUCCCUGCGAAGGGGGAAAAGCAGCGCAGAGGGAGGAAGAGGAAAGCAGGAGAGGGCAAGGGCGGGCACAGCCCCGCCGGGAACCCCGAGGGCUCCGCCGUGCGCUCCCAGAAGGCGGCCGGCUCGGAGGGAGCCGAGUGAGGGUGCGCUCUGCACAGCCCUGCCCUGCCAGUGACUCAGCAGCUAGAAAUAAUACUAUUUUUAAUCGAGUUUUACAAACGUGUAGAACUUUGAUGCUUUUUAAGUUGUUAGCACACAGCCCCCUUUGUUGUCGCGUGGAAAGGGGAAGGAAAUACCACUGUUAGAUUGCUGUCUGAGACGCUGGACCGAAGCGGGGAGCUCGGAUUUUCUGUCCUGGAGGUUGAAGAUCAUUCUUGGUUCCCAGGAAAGAAAGAGUCUGUCGCUGCCGCAGGAGCCUUACAGUGCGAGGAAGAUGCUUGGCGUCUCCUCCGCCCUGCGGCCCUCAGCACCAACGUGACUGCAUUAACCAAGAGCCUUGGUGUGGCCUUGGCACCCUCAGAUCGCUGUGGCAGCUCCAUGUACUCAGCCUUCCUGGUGUCAUCUCGAGAUGGUGUCGCUCAUGGGCCAAGAUUUCUGUCCUUUGGCUGUGGCACUCUGUUGAGGAAUCUUGUAGGUCUUAGCCCAAGUCCUUUCAUGGCAGAGUGGGCCCCUGAAAAGCUCCUGUGUGCCUCCUGUGCCAGGUCCACCCCUGUGUGAACUUUUCCCUUUCGGAGCUGCAGCAAAUGGCUUUGUCGACUUUUACAGCGGCUUUGCGGGAGGGCAGUUUGGAAGUUGUAAAGCGCUGUAGAUUGCUGCCCACAUCUUACUGGGAGGAACUGUUUAUAAAGCACCUUCUAAAGCUGGAUAGAAGUUGGCUUGAAGAGAUCAUUCCCUACCCAAAGUCUCAAGAUAUUCUUUACUGCCCUGAACUGAUUUUUGUGACAAGUGUAAGGUAGAAAUUCAUCCUAAUAUUUUUUUCUGUCUGGGUAAAUAUUAGUCUCAGUGCCCUUUAUGGAAAAAUUGCUCUCUUCCCUAUUGAUCCCUAACACUGGCUCUUUCCUAAUCCAGUUUUUGUGCUUCUGUGGGUCUGUUAAUAUCUCCUAUCAGUUUGUCUAACUUUGUGGCAGUACAAUACAGUCCUAAUUACUAUAAUUUCAGAAAGCAGUCUUAAUAAAAACCAAGAUGCCUCUACAUUUUAUUGUGACAUUGACCAAUCCCACCCCUAAUAUCAUCACCAAAUCUGUCUUUCUUGGGACUGUCUUGUAGCCUUUUACUCAUUUGUUCUCCCUGACAACAUCUAGAAUUAGGUUGACAAGUUCUAAAAUAAAAUACAUUGCAAUUUUUAUUGUA